GACCGGCAAGUGCAACUAGCGACUGGCAAGGUAACCCACUCCUUCCUCCAUGUCCCAGACUGUCCAUACCCAUUGCUGGGUAGGGACUUAUUAACUAAACUAAAGGCUCAGAUACAUUUUGAUAAGACUGGGGUCAGCAUCACUGACCCGUCGGGAAGGCCGUUGCAUGUGCUCACCUUGUCCAUAGAAGAUGAGUAUAGACUACAUGAACGAAGCAAAAAGGCCCCAACCGAUAUGGAGGGAUGGCUACUCAAGUACCCCCAAGCAUGGGCAGAGACCGGGGGCAUGGGUCUCGCCGAUAGCCAGCCACCCAUAAUUGUGUCCCUGAAAGCGAACGCCAUCCCAAUCGCCGUAAAGCAGUACCCAAUGUCCAAGGAAGCCAGAGAAGGCAUAGCUCCUCACAUCAAUAGACUGUUGGAUCAAGGGAUCCUCGUACCCUGUAAGUCCCCCUGGAACACCCCUCUAUUACCCGUCAGAAAACCAGGAACGGGGGACUACAGACCAGUCCAGGACCUCCGAGAGGUUAAUAAACGGGUUGAAGAUCUACACCCCACAGUGCCCAACCCCUACAACCUCCUUAGUGGGCUAUCGCCUACCCACGUCUGGUAUACGGUCCUGGACCUCAAGGAUGCCUUCUUUUGCUUGAGGCUACACCCCAACAGCCAGUUGUUAUUUGCCUUUGAAUGGAGAGACCCAGCUCGGGGAAUCUCCGGUCAGCUGACCUGGACAAGGCUACCCCAAGGGUUUAAAAACAGCCCCACUCUCUUUGACGAGGCACUACACCGGGAUCUGGCCGUUUUUCGGGUCCAGCACCCCUCUCUGAUUCUGCUCCAGUACGUAGAUGAUUUGCUGCUGGCGGCUACGUCAGAGGAAGACUGUCGCCGGGGCACCGAGACCCUACUCCAGGUCUUGGGGAGUCUGGGGUACCGGGCAUCGGCCAAGAAAGCCCAGCUCUGUUUAAAACAAGUGACCUAUCUGGGCUACAAAAUAAGGGAAGGGCAGAGGUGGCUAACUGAGGCCAGAAAGCGAACCAUUCUGAACAUUCCCGCCCCAAGAACCCCCCGUCAAUUACGGGAAUUCCUGGGAACCGCAGGCUUCUGCCGCCUCUGGAUCCCGGGUUUCGCUGAGUUGGCCGCUCCCCUCUAUCCCCUCACGCGGACCGGCAUCCCCUAUAACUGGGGAACGGACCAGCAGCAGGCCUUUGAGAAUAUCAAACAGGCCCUCCUACACUCCCCGGCCCUGGGACUGCCCGACUUGCUGAAGCCCUUCGAGUUAUACGUUGACGAAAGACAGGGCUACGCGAAGGGGGUGUUAACCCAGAAGCUGGGACCAUGGAGGAGACCGGUGGCCUAUUUAUCCAAGAAACUGGACUCAGUGGCCGCAGGAUGGCCACCCUGCCUCCGGAUGGUAGCGGCGAUAGCAAUUCUGGUUAAAGAUUCUGGCAAACUGACCAUGGGUCAACCCCUUACCGUUCUGGCCCCGCAUGCUGUUGAAGCAAUCAUCCGACAACCUCCGGACAGGUGGCUCACCAAUGCGAGAAUGACUCAUUACCAAACCUUACUAUUAGAUACCGACCGAAUCCGGUAUGGGGCCCCGGUGGCCUUAAAUCCAGCCACCCUCCUACCUCUCCCUGGCACCCCCGAACACCAUGAUUGUCAGCAGAUCCUGGCCGAGGUACAUGGCACUCGCCCAGACCUCUCAGACUUGCCCCUCCCCAACCCUGAACACGUCUGGUACACGGACGGGAGCAGCUUCAUGGAACACGGAGAGCGGCGGGCCGGUGCGGCGGUGACCACGGAAGAUCAGGUAAUAUGGUCCCAAGCUCUACCUGCAGGAACCUCCGCUCAGAAAGCGGAGCUCGUAGCUCUGACCCAGGCUCUAAGACUGGCGGAGGGAAGGAGAUUGACGGUGUAUACCGACAGCAGAUAUGCCUUCGCCACGGCCCACAUCCAUGGCGAAAUAUACAGAAGGAGAGGUUUACUUACUUCGGAGGGAAAAGAGAUUAAAAAUAAAAAAGAAAUACUAGCCUUGCUACAGGCCAUUCAUCUGCCGCGAGCUCUCAGCAUCAUCCAUUGCCCAGGGCACCAGAAAGGGGACACUCCAGUUGCAAGAGGCAACAGGAUGGCUGACUGGGCGGCGAGGGCGGCCGCCACUGAGGAAAAACGGGUCGAAGUCCUAUCGGUUGACUCUAGACCUCAUCAUGGUGACUCCCGAUGGGAAUACACGGAACAAGAUGUCAAGGCUCUGCACUCCCUGGGAGCACGGGAAGAUCUAAAAACUGGGAAAUGGGUGUACCAAGGAAAGGUAGUGUUGCCCUACGAAAUGGGCCGCCAUUUGAUCUCCUGGCUGCAUCGCCUCACACAUCUCAGCUACCAGAAAAUGAAAAAGCUUCUGGAACGGGAAGAAGAGGUCUACUUCUUUCUACAGAAGAACGAUCUUCUCAAAGAAAUCACCGAACGUUGUGACGCCUGCGCCAGAGUGAAUGCUUCUAAAAUCAAGCUGCCUCCGGGUAUAAGAACCAGAGGUCACAGGCCCGGCACUCACUGGGAAGUAGACUUUACUGAAAUAAAACCGGGCAAGUAUGGAUAUAAAUAUCUACUGGUUUUUGUAGAUACCUUUUCAGGAUGGCCGGAAGCAUUCCCGACAAGGCACGAGACUGCCGCUGUGGUGGCCAAGAAGCUAUUGGAAGAUCUUCCCCGAUACGGGAUGCCCCAGGUAGUAGGGUCAGAUAAUGGUCCCGCCUUCAUCUCCCAGGUAAGCAGAACAGUGGCCACCUUGUUGGGGAUCGAUUGGAAAUUACAUUGUGCAUACAGACCCCAGAGCUCAGGACAGGUAGAGAGAAUGAACAGAACAAUUAAGGAGACCUUAACCAAAUUAACGCUUGCAACUGGCACUAGAGACUGGGUCCUCCUGCUACCACUUGCCCUGUAUCGGGCUAGGAACACGCCCGGACCACAUGGGUUAACCCCAUUUGAGAUCCUGUUUGGGGCCCCGGUGCCCAUUAUUAAUUUCUUAGGCCCCGAUGUUUCUGACUAUGCUAAUACCCCUUCUCUACAAGCCCAUCUACAGGCCCUCCAGCUGGUCCAGAAGGAGGUGUGGGAACCUCUAGCCCAGGCGUACCGGGACCAGAGAGACAAUCCGGUCGUGCCUCAUCCGUAUCAGAUCGGAGACGCUGUCUGGGUCAGACGCCAUCAGACCAAAAACCUCGAACCUCGCUGGAAGGGACCAUAUUUGGUUCUGUUGACCACCCCUACCGCGGUAAAGGUUGACGGGAUUGCCGCUUGGAUCCACGCGAGCCACGUCAAGCCAGUCCGAUCAGACGACCCUCAGCCGCAAGGAACAUGGACAGCCCAUCGCACCCAAAACCCUCUAAAGAUAAGACUCUCCCGGGUUGUUUAAUUGUUUUACUGUGCCUUGUGCGAGUAGAGGGGAGCCCUCACACCCCGCAGCUCUUAACUUGGCAGGUGUUCUCCCAGACGGGGGAGGUGGUCUGGUCUCUCUCAGGCUACCACGCGCCGGGUACCUGGUGGCCCACCCUCACUCCCGACUUCUGCCACCUGGCCGCCGGGCUGGAGACCUGGGAUAUCUCCACAGUCGGGGCUCAUGAGAUGACUCAAAAUAUACAGUCCCCCCGCCACC